AUGAGCGAGUGCAAGGCAACGCCACCGCCUCUGACGGGCACACUAGCUCUGUAUCAGACCUCGCCCAUUCCGUUGCCGUACUUUGAGUCCAAUGGAUCACAUCCCAACAAGCUCGUAUUCAUCCCUGGCCUAACAGACACCAUGGGCGUCGUGCCUUAUCUCCCUCGAUUGGCGCAAACACUCGACAAGAUCGGCUAUUCGCUUGUACAAUUUGUCAAGUGCUCUGACUUGGGGGGGUUUGGAACUUCGUCUUUAGAAGGUGACGCGCAAGAAAUCGCUCAAUUAGUGGAGCAUCUGAAAAGCCGUGACACGGCUCCAUGCACAGGAAAGCUUGUGGUUAUGGGACAUUCCACCGGAUGCCAAGAUGUGAUUCAACUUCUCUCACGGGAUAGGGCUCUAUCAUCCACGAAGCCUGGCUCUCUUAUUCACAUUGAUGGCGGGAUAUGCCAAGCCCCUGUCUCUGACUAUGAGUUUUUUAAACAUUCAUUGGAUUCCAAUCCCUUAGGCCAGCAACAGUGGGCCGAAAGCCAAUCUCUCUUGGAUAAGGGCAAGCCUAGUGCCCUUCUUUCUCGCGAGCAUGUAGCUCCUGUGCCGGCGUCUACUCAUGGUCGCGGUCCUGGUAAUUCUGAAGUGGCCCUUAACCCAGCGUUUACCGCAUACCGAUUUGCUAGUCUGAAUGGUCCUAAUGGUGAUGAUGAUUUCUUUAGUACGAAUCUUCCAGAUGAGAGGGUGCAAGAGGUUUUACAACCAGCCUUAUCUCGUGCAUCCUUGCUCAUGCUAUUGGGAGAAGAAGACGAAUAUGUGCCCACGAAGGCAAAUGUUCCCGCAAUGACUGAGCGAUGGCACCGUGUGCUGCACAGCGAUCGUUUCCACACGGCUUUUAUACCCAAAGCCAGCCAUAAAGUGGACAAUGAGAGCGCGCAAGUGUUCCUGUGCAAUACCGUUUCCGCCUUUUUGCAAGAUCUUCAUUAG